CAAACAUGGCUGUCCGGCUGGACGUGAUGUGAAUUGCCAAACCUGCACCUGCUAAAGUAAAGCUCCAGCAGCUCCUCAGCCCUGCAGAUACUGACCACUGCGGUGCCGCCGCACAGCAGCAGAGCCUGCUCCUCAUCCGUGGAUGAACAGACAACAUGCCUUCUCCUAAAAGCAGAAGCCCGGGCCGCAGCGGGGGCAGCCCGGCGCCGGGCAGCCCGGGGCCCGGCGGCUCCUACGAGUUCAUGUCGCUGACCAAGCCGCUCCGCCGGCAGGGCUCCGACCCGGCCGCGGCCCGCCUGCGGGCCUCCGAGAGCCCCAGCCGCCGCCGGGGCUCCGGCUCCUCCACGGGCUCAGGGAGCGGCCCGCCCGAGGAGGACGGGAUCCGGCUGAACCCGUCCCUGGGCCGGGUGGCUCUCAGCUCGCUGCUGGCUGUGGACCUGAUGAUGUCCCGGAGACUGGCCGUGUGCGCCUGCGAGGACUCGGCCUGGGGCAGCAUGCGGCCGCUCACCAAGCUGCUGGAGGUGUCGGGACACGGCAUCCCCUGGCUGGCCGGGGCCGCGUACUGCCUGUACCAGAGCGACAGCGCCGCGGGCCAGGAGGUGCUGCUCAACCUGCUGCUGGGACUCCUGCUGGACCUCAUCCUGGUCGGUGUCGUUAAGGCAGUGGUGCGUCGACGUCGGCCAGCGCAUAAUCGAAUGGACAUGUUUGCCACUUUUUCUGUGGACCGCUACUCCUUCCCAUCCGGCCACGCCACGCGUGCCGCCAUGUGUGGGCGCUUCCUGCUGGCUCAUCUAGUGCUGGCCACGCCGCUGAGGGUCCUGGUCCUGCUGUGGGUGGGCCUGGUGGGGCUCAGCCGGGUGCUGAUGGGCCGGCACAACGUCACCGACGUGCUGUUUGGGUUCUGGAUGGGCUACUGCCAGUACAACCUUAUAGAGAUGCUGUGGCUCUCUCCUCAAACCUUACAGGGAUUGAUGGGACAAUUAGUUUAAUGCUAGGGACCAUGAAAAGAGGAGAAGGAGUCGUUUCUAUCUUCAGUGUAAGAGCACCUGCAUAUGCGUUUGACUUUCAGGCAACAGAAACACAAGAAAAAGAGAAAUAAGAGACAUCACCUUCACAGUUUACCCCCUCUGUUUCCUGACACACUAGUUUAACUCCUACCCUCCUGCUUGGGUCGUUACCGGCCACUACAAUGCAAUAAUCAGCCAUAACAUUAAAACACUUUGCUAAUAUUGGGUGAAUCUCCUUCGUGCCACAAAAACAGGCCUGACCAGUUACAUGUUCAGACCCGUUUAGGAUCUUAAUCAGAAAGGUGAAUCAACAGAAACAUUUGGACUGGGCCGAGGCUUUCUCAAUAUACUUGUAUCCUUUUUUCUUUUUUCUUUUUUUAUGUUUCCUCGAGCCGGUCCUGAGCACUUUUUUGUGUCUCAGGACCGGGUUUGGGUGGCGGGUGGCCUAUUCUUAAUAGGAGCAGACCAGCGUCAUUCACUUCAUCCGCAAGGGGUUUUCAUGUUGUGGCUGAAGAGUUUAUGAAAAGGUUUUACACACUUGAUCACUUUACAUCCUGAAGCUGUUUCACUAACACCUGCUGCUGCACUGUGACGUUUCCUCCAGCUGUUCAGUAUGUAGGACACGCCCUUCUUUAACCCACAACCAUGCUACUAAUGACAAGUGAACAUAUUAAUCCGAUCAAACACUGUAAUCUGAUCCAACACUGCCUAAUUUUACAUCACAGGGAAUAUUUCAUAUUAUUAUGAAUCAAUGGGAAUGUUUGAUUUUGCAAAAUUAAAUGAUUAGGAUUGAUUUUAAAGGUUUAAUGCAGAUUAAAGGUCAAUGAAUGAUCAAUAGUUCCAAUCCUCAUCCUAAUUAGUUCUGCUUAUAAGACGUGCUGCUCAAACAUCAGAGUAUUCAGGAGCAGCUGCAGUUAACCGACAUCCAAGUGGGAUUUGAAUUCCUGCUUCAGACAACGUGCAUAAAACAAGAAGGGCCUUAAUUUUAUUCCCGUACUUUGAGCCACAUUCCCUUAUUUGGAAGAGAUUCACAUCAGUUGUCUUCCUUAAUCCUGCCAAGACACUUUCAAGAUGUCAUGUAGAUGUGUUAUUUAUGGGUAAUCUACCAUAACCUCAUCUUUGAUGACUGAUGAACUCUUACAGGUUUUAUACAUUAAUCCACAUUAUCUUCAUGCACUCCUUUUAUAAAUCUACAAAUCCAAAAUAAAAUGAAUAUACGUUAUCAUAUCAGUUAGGUGUAAAUGCUUUAGCUUUGGAUUCUUAUCACCGAAUUACUAUAAACUCAUUAAAUAUUAUACAACAACACAAGGAUUUAUACAAAAAGAUUAAAAGUCUACUGUUUAAACGUGACUGAAGACACCGUCCUCUCUGACGCAAGGAGGCUGUGGAGACAGUUUCAUGUUAUGAAGGGGACAGAAUGGCAUUAGUCUUUUUUCCUAAUAGCUACAGAAAGUCUGGUCUUCGUGACAAGAAAAGCCCCAAUACUCGAGUAAAUGGAGGCCACACAGAUGUGUCCCAAAGCAGAUACGGCAAUACAAGCCUGAAACGUUAAGGAGGGAUUUUCCUUAGCAGUUAUGUUUUCCUUGUAGCAUUCAUUUUAAAACAGUAAACAUCUGCAUGUGUAACUGUUUCAGGUCUGUUGCCAAUUUCAUCCCUUCAUCAGCAGUUACAUGGAACGUCAUCAUCAGUGGGAAUGGCGUAUGUUAGAUUGAACAAGUAUUGAUUCAAACUGUAAAUUUACUUCUUACCUGUUUUGGUAAUCUGAGCAGAAGAUGAAAAAAAAGAUAACAGGAGUCACAAAUUCUUUUUUUUAAUAUUUGGACCUCUGUAAAUGUAGAUGUUGCAUGAAUAAAUGUUUCCGGUCGUUUUUACUUGAUGUUCAAUGUUAAACCAAAAGAAAAAACAUGAAGGAGUUUGAUGAUACGCUUUGGUUUAAAUGAACACUAUUUGCAUCGCUUUUCUCCAACUGCUUUUUAGUACAAAUCUAAUAUAUAUCAGGAGCAAAUACUGAGAUCCAGUUUCAAACAGCUCACAUUAGUCCAACAUUUACGGAGGAUCCACUGUGAUUAAAGCACGUUUGUCUCCCUUUGACGUAUAUAAAGACGCACUGAGGCGCGCUCAAAUCUUGAGCGUAAGAAGUACAUGUAAAUACUAACCAAGACCAUUUUUAUCGCUGGAACUGAAAACAAGAACCAGGAUCUAACAAAUAUCAGUGAAGGAAAAUCUGUAUUUGAAUUUGUACUUAAAGUCUUGCUUCAUUCCAAAGCUGUGAAAUGAUGCGUAUCCUACAGAUGCAGACACCCCCCCCUGUUGAGGGCGUUUGGCUGAGGGUGGGUAUAACCCCCAUACAUCUGUGCAGAAGUACAAAAAAAAUGUUUUAAAUCCAGUUAUGUGAAAUUGACUUCAGUGUAUGCGACAUAGUUUCAC